AUGUGCACCAAUCACACAUUGGUUCAAUGCAAUGAGAAAGAUAGAGAGACAUUGUUAACCUUUAAACAUGGCAUCAAUGAUAAUUUUGGUUGGAUAUCAACAUGGUCAAUUGAAAAAGAUAGUUGUGUAUGGGACGGAGUCCACUGCGACAAUAUUACUGGAAGAGUUACAAAACUUGAUCUCAGCUACGAUCAAUUGGAAGGUGAGAUGAAUCUUUGUAUUCUAGAACUUGAGUUUCUCAGUUACUUGGGUUUGAGUGAGAAUCAUUUUGAUGUGAUAACUAUUCCAUCCAUUCAAAAAAACAUCACACAUUCCUCUAAACUUGUCUACCUUGACUUAUCCUACAGCUUAGUUAAUGAUAUGAAUAAUCUUGAUUGGCUUUCUCCACUUUCUUCCAUAAAAUAUCUCAACCUCGGUGGAAUUGAUCUUCAUAAGGAAACCAAUUGGCUUCAAAUAGUGAAUUCACUUCCUUCACUGUUAAAAUUACAGUUGGGUGAAUGUAACCUGAACAACUUCCCAUCUGUUGAGUAUUUGAAUUUGUCUUCACUUGUAACUCUUGAUCUUUUUCGAAAUAACUUCAACUUUAAUUUACCAGAUGGGUUUUUUAAUCUCACCAAAGAUCUCACUUAUCUUCACCUUUCACAAAGUAAUAUAUAUGGUAAGAUACCUUCAAGCUUACUAAACCUUCAAAAACUGAGACACCUUGAUCUCAAAUAUAACCAACUACAAGGAUCAAUUCCAGAUGGAAUAAGCCAACUACCAAAUAUUCAAUACCUUGAUCUUUCAUGGAACAUGUUAAGUGGUUUCAUUCCUUCAACUCUAGGAAACCUCUCAUCCUUAAUUUCCUUAUCGAUUGGCUCUAAUCAUUUCACUGGAGGACUCCCAAACCUAUCACCAGAGGCUGAGAUAGUUGAUUUAUCUUACAACUCCUUCUCAAGAUCAAUUCCACAUAGUUGGAAGAACUUGUCAGAACUGAGAGUCAUGAACCUGUGGAAUAAUAAGUUGUCUGGGGAACUUCCAUUAUACAUCUCUAACUUGAAAGAAUUGGAGACCAUGAACUUGGGAGAAAAUGAAUUUUCUGGAAACAUACCGGUAGGGAUGUCACAAAACUUAGUAGUGGUCAUAUUUAGAGCCAAUAAAUUUGAAGGGAUUAUUCCACAACAAUUAUUCAAUCUCUCUUAUUUGUUUCACUUAGACCUUGCACAUAACAAACUUUCAGGAUCUUUGCCACACUUUGUCUACAACUUGACUCAAAUGGAUACUGAUCAUGUGAAUGAAUGGUACGCUACCACCCUUGAUUUAUUUACCAAAGGUCAAUAUUAUGUGACUGAUGUUAACCCGCAUAGGCGAACUGUUGACCUUUCAUCCAAUAGCUUGUCUGGAGAAGUUCCAUUGGAAUUGUUUCGGCUUGCUCAACUUCAAACGUUAAACUUAUAUCACAACAAUUUGAUUGGAACAAUACCAAAAGAGAUUGGAGGCAUGAAAAAUGUGGAAUCUCUCGAUCUCUCUAAUAAUAAGUUUUUUGGUGAAAUUCCGCAGACCAUGGCUCGCCUAAACUUUUUAGAGGUUUUAAAUUUAUCUUGCAAUAAUUUCAAUGGAAAAAUCCCAACUGGAACACAACUUCAAAGUUUUAAUGCAUCAAGUUACAUUGGGAAUCCUAGACUAUGUGGAGCUCCUCUUAAUAAUUGUACCAUGAAAGAAGAAAAUCCUAAGACUGCAACGCCAUCAACAGAGAAUGAAGGUGAUGACUCCAUAAAAGAAUCAUUGUAUCUAGGCAUGGGAGUUGGAUUUGCAGCAGGUUUCUGGGGGAUUUGUGGUUCUUUGUUUCUUAUUAGAAAAUGGAGGCAUGCAUAUUUUCGGUUUAUAUAUGGAGUGGGUAACAGGCUUUAUGUAACUUUAAUGAUUGUUGUUCUUGGGAAGAAGUCCACUGUGACAAUAUUACUGGUAGAUUUGUCUUACAACUCCUUCUCAGGAUCAAUUCCACAUAGUUGGAAGAACUGCAAAGAACUGAUAAACUUGAACCUAUGGAGUAAUAAGUUGUCUGGUGAUGUUCCAGUGUACCUAUUUUCUAUGAAACAAUUAGAAACCAUGAACUUGGGAGCUAACGAAUUUUCUGGAACCAUACCAAUCAAAAUGUCACAAUCCUUAACAGUGGUCAUAUUGAGAGCCAACCAAUUUGAAGGGAAUAUCCCACAACAACUAUUUAAUCUCUCUAAUUUGUUUCACUUAGACCUUGCACAUAACAAACUUUCAGGAUCUUUGCCACACUGUGUGUACAACAUGACUCAAAUUGAUACUGAUCAUGUGGAUGAAUGGCACGAUACCAUCAUUGAUUUAUUUACCAAAGGUCAAGAUUAUGUGUCUGAUGUUAACCCGGAUAGGCGAACUAUUGACCUUUCAGUCAAUCACUUGAUAGGAGAAGUUACAUUGGAAUUGUUUCGGCUUGUUCAAGUUCAAACCUUAAACUUAUCUCAUAAUAACUUGAAUGGAACAAUACCAAGAGAGAUUGGAGGCAUGAAAAAUAUGGAAUCUCUUGACCUCUCUAGUAAUAAGUUUUAUGGUGACAUUCCUCAGAGCAUGUCUCUCUUAACCUUUUUAGGUUAUUUGAAUUUAUCUUACAACAAUUUUGACGGAAAAAUCCCAAUAGGAACUCAACUUCAAAGUUUUAAUGCAUCAAGUUACGUUGGAAAUCCUAAACUAUGCGGAGCUCCUCUCAAUAAUUGUACCAAGAAAGAAGAAAAUCCUAAAACUGCAAUGCCAUCUACAAAAAAUGAAGAUGACGACUCUAUCAAAGAAUCAUUGUAUCUAGGCAUGGGAGUUGGAUUUGCAGUAGGUUUCUGGGGGAUUUGCCGUUCUUUGUUUCUAAUUAGAAAAUGGAGGCAUGCAUACUUUCGGUUUGUUGAUAGAGUGCGUGACAAGAUCUAUGUUACUUUGAUCGUAAAGUUAAACGGGUUUAAAAGAAAUUGA